AUGGGCAUCCAAGGACUCUUGCCGCUGCUCAAGAGCAUCCACAAGCCGACACACCUCCGCAACUUCUCGGGCCAGACGCUCGGAGUCGACGCCUAUGGCUGGCUCCAUCGAGGCACAGUCUCGUGUGCCAUUGAGCUGGCGGAGGGCAAGCCAACACGGAGACACAUCGACUUUGCUCUGCACCGAGUACGGAUGCUGAUACACUUUGGUGUGAAGCCAUACAUCGUCUUUGAUGGCGACUAUCUUCCAAGCAAGGCGCAUACCGAGAAGGAGCGAGCUGCAAGACGGAAGGAAAGCAAGAGAGUGGGCCUGGAGCUGCUCCGCAUGGGACGACCCUCACAAGCACACCUCGAGUUGCAGAAAGCCGUCGAUGUCACACCCGUCAUGGCUCGUGAGCUCAUCGAGGAGUUGAAGCGCCUCGAUGUGCCAUACGUAGUGGCACCCUACGAGGCGGACAGUCAAUUGGCGUACCUUGAGAAGCAAGGGACGAUUGAUGGAGUCAUCAGCGAGGACUCAGAUCUGCUGGUGUUUGGCGUCAAGUGCCUUCUCACCAAGCUUGACCAGUACGGAGAAUGUGUCAUGAUCAACCGAUCAGAUUUUACGUCCUGCCGUGAGGUCAGUUUGGUUGGCUGGACAGACAAAGAGUUCCGGAUGAUGGCCAUGCUGAGCGGCUGCGACUACUUACCUGGCAUCGACAAGAUGGGUCUCAAGACUGCAUAUCGGCUUGUCAGGAAGCACAAGACAGUGGACCGAGUUGUGCGGACGGUCCAAUUUGAUGGCAAGAUGAAAGUGCCAGCCGGCUAUCUGGACGCCUUCCAGAGGGCUGAGCGGACUUUCAUGCAUCAAUGGGUCUUCUGUCCACAAGCGCGGUGUCUGCUGAAUCUUUACAAGCUGCCAGAAGGAUUAGACGCCGCCAGCAUACCAUACAUUGGCAAGCAUGUCGAGCCAGAACUGGCGGCAGGUGUUGCACGUGGUGACCUGGACCCGAACACCAAGCAGCCCAUCCAAUUGCCCAACCGCUUUCAGGACAGGGCAAGAACACAUUCGAGGACUGUCCAGACACCAGGCGAAAAGAAGGGCACACCAAUCACAGAGUUUUUCAAGAAGCGGACUCCGCUCGCUGAGCUUGACCCGAACUCUUUCACACCAUCGCCCACUCAGCAGCGUCUUUUGGAGCCACAGAGCAGCGUUGCCUGGUCUGCUUCGCAGAUUCCUGCUCCUGUUCGAUCUUUCGGCCUCAGUCGCAGUACUACUGCCCCGGUACCAUCUUCUUCCGCUCCUCGAGUGUCCCGCAGACACGUUACCGACCCUUUUCCAUCAACACGAGCAUCGCCUAAGAGGCAGAGGCUUUGUUCGGAAUCGAACAUUGCCACUGCCAUGAAAGGCAAUCAUGAUCUGCAAGAAGGUAUGACCAGCCGUUUCUUCGCGAAGACACCUGCUCAAGAUAGCCCCUCGACGCGAAGGAAGUCCAGUAAGAAAGAGGAAUUUGAUCUAUGGUCGGAUGACUCGGUGGCAGAGGCCGUGGCAGCUGCCACAGCUACUCCAGAGCUGACCCAGACUACUGCUGUCUCGUCGCCCAGGAAGAGGAAGAAGUUGGCAGUGUUUGCUGACCCACCAGCCGACGAAGGCGAUACUUCCGUUGGCGACAUGACCCAAGACUCAAUCGAUACUACCGUCUCGUCCGUAUUUGAUGACGUGACAGAGUCCGGGACACCGGAUACGUCGUUCGCAGACACUCCGCCACCUCGAGAAGCAAGCACCUUUAGCAAAGAGAUUGCAAUCAACUUCGCUGCAUUAAAGUAUAACAGUCCCUCCGCAACACGCAGAACUAUCACAAGGGCCAAUACUACACCACUUCCAUCAAGCAUCUUGCCACAGAAGACACAGCGCGGGGACACGACCGCAUCAGCUGUGGAAGAGAUUCAGGAAGAGGUUCGGGGAACCGUGGUCGAAGAGGCCGCGCUUGUGCCCAACUCGUCACCGGCCAUGUCGAGGAGUAAGCACACUGUCGUUGCCGCCGACGACGAUAUCAUAGACGAUGAUGAGUUCCUCGCGGCUGAGAAGGAGCCCCUUCACUCACGGCACACCUUCUCACCCAAAGGCAGUGAAGACAUGCUCGUGCCCGAGAGCCCGGGUGAGGCUUCAGACAGCAGUGGUGGUCAGGCUAAGCCCGGCCUUUGUUUGAGCCGCUUUGCUUUUGUCGGAUGA